CAAGUUUCCUGGGAAUUUUGUCAUCAUUGGCUGAACCGGGAGGCGCCUUCAAGUUCCACUUUGUUUGGAGAUGUCGGCGCCGUCUCCACCCCUCAUCCUGCUGCUGGAGAGGGAGGAGGAACUUUUUUUUGUUACUUUUUUUUGCGAGGAAAAGGAAUCCUGCUAAAUGCAACAAAAUGUUAAGAUGAGCGCCCGUACAUAGUACCUCUUGGACAGUCUGGCAGCUCGGCCUUCAGUAUUUCGACUUGGACUCCGGCCGCUGUGGGAGGCCUCGCCCGGUCGCCAUGGAGACGGUGGUGAUCGUGGCCAUCGGGGUGCUGGCCACCAUUUUCCUGGCGUCCUUCGUGGCCCUGGUGAUGGUGUGUCGACACCGCUACUGCCGCCCGCACCACCUGCUGCACCACUUUGACUCUAAGCCCACCGUGGACCUGAUCGGAGCCAUGGAGACCCAAAGCGAGCUGUCAGAGCUGGAGCUGGACGACGUGGUCAUUACCAACCCUCACAUCGAGGCCAUCCUGGAGAAUGAGGACUGGAUAGAGGACGCCUCUGGUUUGGUGUCUCACUGCAUCUCCAUCCUGAAGAUCUGCCACACUUUGACUGAGAAGCUGGUUGCCAUGACGAUGGGCUCAGGGGCAAAGGUCAAAGCCCCGGCCAGCCUGAGUGAUAUCAUCACGGUGGCUAAACGUAUCAGCCCCAGGGUAGACGAUGUGGUGCGUUCCAUGUACCCGCCUCUGGACCCCAUCCUCCUGGACGCCAGGGCCACGGCUCUGCUCCUGUCUGUCAGCCACCUGGUUCUGGUCACCCGCAACGCCUGCCACAUGUCCGGCAGUCUAGACUGGAUCGACCAAUCGCUGAACGCGGCCGAAGACCACAUGGUGGUCUUGCGGGAAGCAGCUUUGGCCUCCGAGCCGGAUCGGAGCCAAGCUGGAGGUGAAGUCCAGAGAGAGCAGGCCAUCUAGACUUAAAACAUUCUUCAUCUUCUCUUAUAGGCACUUCCUCACCACUUUAAGUAAUAAUAGUUGGAAAUGCCAAGUGGGCCAUCUCCCAGUGGUGGUGGGCUUUAAUCCAAUCACAUGAAGGCUUAGUGAGCUAAUCCAUCCCGAGAAAAAUGUUCUGCUGCUGAGCGGACCAGCAGAACCUGGCGAACAAAAUGUGAACAAGGGUCAGUGUGACUUCAGAAACUUCCCUUUUAAGGUGAAAAAAAAUGGUUUGGUACAAUACACAAGUAGUAAAACAGUUUUAGCUCGAACAAGCUAAUUGCUAACUGGAGGCGGAGCACAACUUGCAUGUUGUUCUGCGAAGGUGCAGUCCAACAUGGCUGCCAGCUUCACUGUGUUCAUCAUAGAAUAUUGUUGUAACAAUCACGCAUAAAGUGUGUCUGAAUACGUAAAGACAAUCUGCUUAGACAAUUAACCUCUUUUUUCCUUGUGUAUAUUUUUUAUUCGAUCUUUUCUCAGCACCCAUGCACCACAUACACUAAUUGUCACUGAAUUAUCUCCAUAGUCGGUCUACCUGUGAUUUGUACAGAUUCAGUGAUUGGAAACGUGUCUUCUACUGUCUGUACGUGUUUAAAAAGUCCAUGAAUUACAUAAAUAAAGUUGAAUUAUACCAUACUUUUUGUGUUUUC